AUGUCCGCGCAGGGCGGAGGCAGCGCGCCCCCCAGCGCCCCACCGAGCCACUCCGGCGACGACAGCAGCGCGAGCGUCGACCUGGGCCCCGACGACACGCACAGCGACGUCGACAUGGACGGCGCGGACUCGGACUCCUCCGCGGACGACUCGGACGUCGGCGGGCCCGACAUGCUGGACCUGGCGCAGGUGUUUGGCAACGCGGUGCCGCCGCACGCGGUCGAGAUGGCCAGCGCGCUCGGGCUGCUCGGCGCGCCGGACGCGGGCGACGCUCUGGAGUUCGGGAGCGAGGAGGACGACAGCGAGUUUGAGGACGACGACCUCGUGGAGGCGCUGCACCCGAUUGCCGUGGAGGAGAUGCGGGAACACAAGCGCGGGGCGGGGCCCGCGGAGGAGGGGCAGGCGGCGAUCGACGCGUGCGCGGAGAACGCGCGGCUCUUCCUGCGGGAGGACCUGGGCGCGGCGCGGGACCGCGCCAGCGGUGCGCCCGGGGCGCGGCCAGCGGCGGGGGCGUGCGUGGAGCUGCCGAUCGGGUGCGCGAACGCGCACUUCCAGACCGCGGACUGCCUGUGCGCGCUGCCGGCGGGCGCGCACGGGCGGCCCGCGGGGGUGGAUCUGAUCCUGACCGUCGCGCACCAGGAGGAGGAGAUCGAGGGCGAGCCGGGCGACGUGGCGAUGAUCCCGGACAUGCGGCUGUACGAGGUGGACUGGAGCGCGGCGGCGCACGCGGAGCCGCAGGCGGACCCGGCGUCGCACCUGUACACGUCGCCGCCGGUGUCGCUCAAGUCGUCGCCGCGCGACGGGGACUGCAAGGUGUCGCGGCUGUCGCGGUACGCGCAGCUGCUGUAUCCCGACGAGGGCGCGGAGAGCCCCGCGAACGGCAGCCCCGCCGUCGCGUCGGGCGGGAAGGAGCUGCCGCCAGGGGCUGGUGGGGGCGGGCAGCUGCCGGGGCGGCAGUGGUCGAGCAAGAUGGCCUGUCGGGAGCUGUCGUCGCGGAACACGAGCAUCUUCCCGUACUCCAUAGCCACUGACUCGCGAGGAAGCGCCGUCGCGAUCGCCGGGGACGACGGCAUGGUCGAGGUGCUGUCCAUAGUGGCGACGCCAGACCAGGCCGGCGGGCCGCCGAAGCUCGCGUUGCAGGACCUGGCGUUCAUCAUCCUGGGCCAGAACGUCAUGGCCAACUGCGUGCGCUUCGGGAAACUUCUCGGCAAGGAGCGCAUGAUCGUCACGGCGCAGGUGCUCGACAGGGGCCUGGUGUACGUAUUCGAGGUUCCGGAGCCCGCGGCGCUUGCGGGCGGCCGCGCCCCGACCUUCGGCCAGGCGACGGCGCUCGCGACGGCCAUGCGCAGCCGCGUGCACGAGGACGAGCGCUGGGACGCGUCCACGCCGCCGGCGGCCGCGUCGGACCCCGGGAACCAGGGCCGCAUGGCCCUUCCUGUGCUGUUCGGCUUCAUGGCCAGCAGCCACGUGGGCGCGGAGGUGGAGGCGACGCGCAUUCCCAUCACCACGAGCGUGAUCGGGCAGUUCGGGCGGGAGAUCAACGCGGCCGUGCCGUGCCCGGCGGGCCACGAGCUGGCCGUGGUGAGCGACGCGGCGGCCGUGUGGGUGCUGAACGCGACGGACGGGUUCAACCUGCUGGCCCCGCAGAACAGCAACAAGCUCUUUUCCUGGCGCGGCCUCCAGGCGCUCGCGGGCCGCGGCGACCCGAAGUACGCCGGCUGCCAGUACUGCGCGUGGUCGGCGGACGGCGCGCUGCUGGCGCUGUCGCUCGACGGGUACCGCUCGGUGCUCGUGUGGUCCGCGCGGACGCGCCACUUCAUCGCCUGCGUGCCGCGGGACUGCCCCGUGCCGACGAGGUGCCUGCCGGUCGCCUGGAGCACGGCAAACCCCAACGUGCUGAUCUUCGCAGAGCGCACACACCGGUUGUGGAUGGCGGACGUCACGGUUGCCGCGAAGACGCUGGCGCCGCUGCCCCUCGGCGAUGCAGAAGGCGGCCUGGAGGGCGGCGCCAGCAACACCGGGUGCACCGUUGCCUGCAUCGACCUGCCGGCUGCUACGCGUGGCCACGACCACACCACGGUGCACAGCGUAGUUGCCCGGGCGCUGCAGAACCACUGCCCGCACGUGAUCGUGUGCGGCCUGGCAGCGACGCCCAGCGGACACAUCCUGGUGGGGUUCCGGGACCGGGCAGUGGGCGUGGCGCCCGUGGAGGUGACGGGCUGGUCGUGCGAGGCGCACCGCCAGUGGCCGCAGAGGUUCAAAGACGUGGCGCGGAUGGUCAUGGCCGCGCGCCCGACGGACCCGGACGCGCGCGGAGCGGGGAUGUGGAGCCUCCCGCGCGACGUGCUCCUGAAGGUCGUCGAGCACGCGGCGGGGAGGGGGCCCCUGGCUUGGACGUCGUAG